AUGAAACGUUCACUUAUUGAGUGGGAUGAAGGAUGGAACUCUAUUCAGGAGAGGACGAACAAGCUGAACAGGGUUAUAGAGGGAUUAUCUGAGAAUCCAUUCGACGCAGAAGAUUUUAUGAUGCUUUACACAACUAUCUACGACAUGUGCACUCAAACACCUCCUCAUGAUUAUUGUCAACAGCUAUAUGACAAAUAUAAGGAGACAAUCGAGCAACAUAUUACUUCGAAAGGGUUGCCCUCUCUCGCAGAGAAGCAUGAAGAGUUUAUACUGCAGGAGUUUGUCAAAAGUUGGGAAAGACAUAAAGUUCGGGUUAGGCGGAUGUCGCACUGCUUUUUUUUUCUUGCUCGCCACUUCAUCCCCAGUAGAUCACUUACUAACCUAGAAGAAGUUGGACUUAACUGCUUCCGUGAGUUAAAUCUUAGAGCGAGAGUUGCUGCAUUUGGUCUUAUUGAUAGAGAACGUGAGGGAGAGCGAAUUGACAGAGGGCUGUUGAAGAAUGUGAUGGAUAUAAUUGUUGAAAUGGGAACAGAGAAAAUGGAUGCUUACAAGGAGGACAUUGAAGCACACUUGCUAAAAAGUACCGGUGAGUACUAUUCGCGUAAAGCAUCGAGUUGGAUUGCGGAGGAAAGUUACAUGGAUUACAUGGUGAAGGCCGAGUUAUGCUUGAGAAGGGAGAGGAAUAUAGUUUCUCAUUACUUGCAUUCAAGCAGUGAGAAGAAGCUGGUGGAGAAAGUGGAACAUGAGUUGUUUGAACCUCUUGCUAAUGCAUUUAAACAGAAAGUUAGUCUUGAAGUUAAAGCUUUGGUCCAACAGGCUAAAGAUGAUGCAUCAAGUAACCAGGAUUUCAAUGGAGCUUAUGGCAUGCAGGAACAUGUCCUUGUCCGAAAUAUACUCGAGCUUCACACUAAGUACCUGGCUUUUUUCAAUGAUUGCUUGAUAAAAAACUAUAUCUUUCACAGGGCUCUGAGUGACGCUUUUGAUCUAUUUUGGAAUGGACCUGUUGCUGGUAGUUUAGGUGCUGAAUUACUAGCUGCAUUCUGUGAUAAUCUCCUUAAAAACGAUGGGAAUGAGAAGUUGAGUGAUGAGGCCACCGAAGACACACUUGAGAAGGUUGCUAAUCUGGUUUCUUAUAUGAGGUCCAUGGACCUUUUCAUAGAAUUCUACAAGAAAAGACUUGUUCCUCGACUGCUGUUUGAUCGGAGUUCCAACUUGGAACGUGAAAAAAGUUUUGUAACAAAUUUGAAACGGAAAUUGGGUGGAACGUUCUUGACCUCUAGGAUUGAUAAAAUGGUCGAAGAUAUGACAUGGACUGGGGACAAUAAGACCAGCUUCGCGGAAUAUCUUCACAGUAAUCCAAAUGUAAAUCCUGGAAUGGAUUUUACCGUCACUGUUCUCACAACUGGUUUGUGGCCAAGUUAUAAACCAUUUAACCUUAACCUUCCUGCAGAGAUGAAGAACUGCAUUGAAGCUUUUGAGGGAUUCUACGAAACAAAAAAGAAAAGUAGAAAACUUAAUUGGAUCAACUCAUUGGGAACUUGCUACAUUAACAGCAACUUUGAGUCAAAAACCAUCGAACUAGUUGUGUCAAGCUGUCAGGCUGCUCUCCUGCUGCUUUUCAGUGAUGCAGAUAGAUUGAGCUAUUCCGAAAUAUUCACUCAGUUAAAUCUUGACCAUGAUGACUUGGUUCGGACUCUUUAUUCAUUGUCAUGUGGCAAGUACAAGAUCCUCCUGAAGGAGCCUAAUACAAAGAAUAUAUCACCAAAUGACAGCUUUGAGUUCAACUCUAAGUUCACAGGCAGAAUGAAAAGAAUCAAGAUUCCUCUCCUACCCUUGUAUGAAACGAAGGAGGUGAUCAAAGAAGUCGAGAAGGACAGGCAAUAUGCUAUCGAUGCUGCAAUUACCCGGAUUAUGAAGAAGCAGAAAGUUUUGGAUCUUCAACAAUUGUUUGUGGAGUGUGUUGAAAAGUUGGCACAUAUAUUCAAGCCUGACAUAAAAACACUCAAGAAGCGUAUUGAAAAUCUUAUUGACCGAGACUACUUGGAGAGGGACAAGGAAAACCACAACAUUUUUAAGUAUCUUGUAUGA